GGUGGGUUGCUGGGCUCCGUGUAGCAGAGGACCUCGCGAACCGAGGACGCAGCGGAUGGGAUGAGAAGGCGAACUUAGUCAAUCGAUCACGAGCGAUACGUUAACGGUUUAGUGAGUUGUUUAACGGUUGUUGUCGUUAUUGUUGUUAUUAAUAGCUGCCGUGUGGGUAAAGGGGGGUGGGUUGGUGGUUUGGGGAACAACUUGCGGCCUGAGUUUGCCCGGACCCCCGACCAUCAUGAACGGCCUCUCGCUCAGCGAACUCUGCUGCCUCUUCUGCUGCCCGCCGUGCCCAAGUCGCAUCGCGGCCAAGCUCGCCUUCCUCCCGCCGGAGCCCACCUACGCCCUCGUGGCUGACGAGACGGCUGCCCGCUGGUCGCUGCACCUCACCGAGAAGGCCGAGUGGCAGUACUCCCAGCGGGAGCUCGACGCCGUAGAGGUCUCCCUGACGCGCACGGCCCGCGGGAACCGCGUUGCGUGCAUGUUCGUGCGCUGCGCGCCCAGCGCUCGCUACACACUGCUCUUCUCGCACGGCAACGCCGUGGACCUGGGCCAGAUGAGCAGCUUCUACGUGGGGCUCGGCACGCGCAUCAACUGCAACGUCUUCUCGUACGACUACUCGGGCUACGGCGCGAGCACGGGGCGGCCCUCCGAGAAGAAUCUCUACGCCGACAUCGAGGCGGCGUGGCAGGCGUUGCGCACCAGGUACGGCAUCAGCCCGGAGAACGUGAUCCUGUACGGGCAGAGCAUCGGCACGGUGCCCACGGUGGACCUGGCGUCGCGCUACGAGUGCGCCGCCGUUGUGCUGCACUCGCCGCUCAUGUCGGGCAUGCGCGUCGCCUUCCCCGACACCAAGAAGACGCACUGCUUCGACGUAUUCCCCAGCAUUGACAAGAUGUCGAAGGUGACGUCGCCGGUGCUGGUGAUCCACGGCACGGAGGACGAGGUGAUCGACUUCUCGCACGGCCUGGCCAUGUACGAGCGCUGCCAGCGUCCCGUCGAGCCGCUCUGGGUGGAGGGCGCCGGCCACAACGACGUGGAGCUCUACGGACAGUACCUGGAGCGCCUGCGGUACUUCGUGUCCAGCGAGAUCACCGGCGCCUAGCCGCUCCCCGCCUGCCGCCGGAGCCGCGGGCCCUGAUGCCAGUUGGCGGUUGGAAGAGCGCCGGCUGGCAGCGAGAGACGGAUGCGGUUUUUUUUUUCGUUUUAUUUCUUUCCCCCUUUCCCUUCCCCCCUCCCCGCUGGUGCAUCCGAUCUCCUCUCUCUGGGGCUCAUUCUGAGCCAGCACGGCGAAAGCCGAGCCGCGCCACUGAGAUAAUAAGACCAGAUGAACGAAAGGCGCGUGUAGAUGACGCGGUGACGCUGCGUCCGCAUGGUGUCACCGAACUGACGUCGCACGCGGCGGAAGCAUCGUCGGCUCUCCCCCCCCUCCCCCCCCCCCCGGCCCUGCUGGGCCCCGAGCUAGAUUCGCACGUCUUGUCGCGAGGCCAGCGGCGUGGCACGGUUUUGAUUCUGGCUCGGCUUGGCCAAAAGGCGGUCAGAAAACAUUUCCAUACUGUGAGAGGCCCACCCUGGCGCGGCUUUGAUUUGGCAAUGGAAAAAAGGGGUCACGGAGAGAUAGAGCGAGAGACGGAAGGGAUGAAACUACUUUGAGUAAUUUGUUUUCUGUAGUCAGACCCAGGCUCUUCGGUUUUAUUAGCACCGUUUAUUAUUAUUACUGUCAUAAUACCUGUGGAAUGACUGGCCUCGGCAAUGGUAACGUGGAAUGUCCACGUAAACGAGCGCUGCCCCGUGCCCGUUUGAGUGGGGAGACCAUUGCACUCAUCGGCCGUUAUCAAGUACUGCAUCUGUGAAUAUAUAUUUUUCGAAGCGUGGGCGUUACGUUAUCGUUCCGUGUGGUCAUCAACGCACAGUUGCUCCAGGGGGGACGGGGGGGGGGGGGUCGACUCGGCCAGUUGUCUUCUUGCGCCGUUUGAUAACACUGUCAUCCUGUGCAGCCACCGGCCCUCGGCAUAGGAAUGUAGAAUUUCCACCGCACAAAACUGGUUUUGAGCAGAACGUCGAUUCGACUCUCUCUCUCUCUCUCUCUUGGCGGACAGGCGGGCGGGCAAGCGAGGCCUGGGGUUUUGGCACCGCGAGACUGCGUGUGUGCCCCUGCGCCCGCUGCGCCCGCCCCUCCGCCCCUUGUGUGCGUGCGUGGAUUCUGCGGCGAGCUUCGAUGGCGUCUUGGGCUUCGGCAGAGACGCCGCCGCUCGGCGUCGAGCGGCGGCGUUCAUCGUUUAGAUUCCUCGACGCGCAACGACGACGACGACAACAACAACAACAAUGGGGUGGCGAGGGCAAUAAAAUCCCCGGUUUAAUCGAUGGCCGUAGUAACUAACCGUUUCCAAUUGCCCUCCACCCCCACCCGGACCCCUCUCCACCCACCUGAUCGCGAGAAACGAAACCGCGCGUGCGUGCUUGCCUUGCGCGGGACCGGGGGCCAUUAGAAUUUAACAAGCCGUCGUGACUUGUCAAUACGGUUCGUUGGGAACGGGUAAACGCGUCCUUUUGUCACCGUCGGGAUUCAAACGGUGAGGCACAGCCGACGACGAGUGCCAGCAGAGCAUCCCCUUGCCGGCUGACGACACUAACACGGGUGUUCUUGAAUAGUCUCGUGCGGACGCAAACGUAUAUAUUUUGUGUGUGUGUGUAGGUGGAGAUUUGAGUCUUGUGGCUGUUUUUGAAGCUUUGCUUUGUAAGAUGAGGCUGCGUUGCUGGAUUAUUUACGAGACGGGACACGUGAGCUCGCAAUGGGGGACUGAGCGUUGGCUCUCGGUUUGGGGUGGACAGACCGCGUGUGUGGUGAUGCUGUUGUACAUUUUUGUAGCGAUGGCCCCCAUAAGGAUGGUGGGGGGGGGGGGGGUGUUGGUGACAACAGGGUGAUGUACGCAUGGCUGGAAGGAUGAUGGUAAUUUUGAAAUUAUUUGUUGUGUGUUUGUUUGAAUUUGAUUCUGGUGUGCGUGGUGCUGUUUUUGAUUUUCACACCCACUGUGUAUUUGCACGGACAACACAAACCCAACAACAAUAACAGCAGCAGCCGCCACCCGCCACCAAGUGGCGGUGACGUCACCACAGCACACGUGCGCUCACACACACAGAUGUGCUUGCAUGCAACAGGCUUGGCUUUUGUCUUGCAUGUGACGUAACAAUCACGUGCAACGAGACGAUUGAGACGACGCGGAUUUUGAGGGUUUUUUUUUUUUUACAGCGUUGGAAUUCCAAAGAUAUAUUUUUUUUGUUUGUUUUAGAAGCCGAUCGAGAGCGACCUCUCGGCCGCAAUAUGACGGCGGCGCGUUGGCGUGGCCCGCCGCUCGCGCAGCUUUCGCCGCUCGUUUGUGCUGGGAGAUUUGCGGUUUCGAGCCGCGCAGCCGCGCUUCCCCGGUUAAAACCGCGUCGAAAAACACUCGGCGCCGUUUGCUCCGCAGCAGACCACACACAGGGCACCCCCCACCCACCCCCCAACCCGUUGCGGCGUUCGAAAAAGCCUCGUCCAUUGCGCGUGCCGGCGUCUCGCACUCCAAAUAAUUUGGCAAUUUAACUCGCUUUGGCAAACAAAAUGAGCGGCGACGUCGCCGCCGACUGUGAAACUUAGCAGGACGCCUCCGGAACGGGACUCGGCGUGUGGAUUUCCUGCGCGGAUACUUUGCGGGUCAAUCAAGUGCGAAUGUAAUUGCGUGUGGAUUUCUGGGGGGGGGGGGGCGCGAAUGUUUUUUUGGGGCUAACGUGUUCCCUGGGCGCCCACGGCAUUCCGUUUGCGGAGUGCCCGCGAACUUUUAAGAGGGCGUUUUCGGACACUGCUCAAAUCGCCUGAAUGAUACUUCUACGUCAUUUUUAGUCAAUUGACAAAACGCGUGGUGCUAUGUCUGCAUCAGCAUUACUUGGAGCGAACGGUUUUUUAAUAAUGAGCAGCACCAACGUUUCUUAAACACACCUGGGGAAAAGUCAUUGGUGACAUUUACCAAUUACUUGGCUAGGACGCACGUUUAUAUAGUGAUUUGUACGAUCGUUGGACAAAACGGAUUUUCUUUUUGCAUCUCGGACAGAUAAUUUUAAGACUUGAUGUAAGUUGCCUCAUGGCAACUCGUUUAGUCUUCACGAGCGACGUUGUUUUAGUGAACGUGGGAAAUUUCGAUAGGACAGAAAGAUUGGCCGGAAAAAAAAAUGUAUCAUGCUCACGAGAAUAAUGUAAUCUUGUUGAUUAUUUGUUGUGUAAAUGCAUUUCUGAAUCGGUGACCACGGGUGCACUCAAAGUAAGCUGCACGUGACGCGGAUGCGUUUCUGUCCAAUCGCAGACGGUUAUGAUCGGGAAGGCGACUAACGCCACCAUCGCACGGCUUCUCCCCGUUGAAGAGGAACAAUUUUUAAUAGAUCUCCCCGUUGAAAAUGAACAAUUUCGUUAAGACUUUGGUGAUGAUCGAGGCUCGACUUGCACAGAUACAUUUUGGUUUUGGAUCCUCCUACUUUUUUUUUAUGGAUUCCCAGUGACGGUUUCUCUCAAACUGAGCGACGGUGGCAACUGGUUCUGAGCCGCUGUAGGCGGUUGAAGCGCUCGUUACAGAUCGUCGUUAAGUAUAAAUGGGCAUUCCUUUUACUGUGGGGCGCAGAGGCCGAAUUCGUUUGCAGGGUUUAUUCGUGACGCGCCGAGGUGAAAGGAUUUCGUGAAAUGUUACGUAGGAUUUAGCGCAAAUCUAUUUCUCUCGCAGCACAGUAGCGUCUCGAACCAGGACUUUAGAAGCUCUUCCUCACUCACGGCCGAACCCAUUUCUUUUCGACCCUCCCUCGAUCCGAGGCCUGGCCGUGAGACUGGGUCAUCCGGCGGCCACAGGGCUCUGUCUUCGGCAGAUCUUGUGAGAUGUCCCACGCUGAGGGAUGUCGUACGCUGAGAGAUGUCGUACGCUGAGAGAUGUCCCACCCUGAGAGAUGUCCCACACUGAGAGCCUUGUCCAAGCAGCGGCAUCAACACCCUUCCCUGUCGGCCUCGGCCUAGAGCCGGUUAGGAUUUUCAUCCGUACGUUUGGUGGGUAACCACACCGACACACACACAAUAA